GGCAGCCAUGGCCCGGGCCCCGCCUUAUAUAAGAGGGGCGGGGUCCUGCGGGCGUGGUCGUGUAACGUUCGCCCGGGGAGGAGGCUGAGGUGGCCAUGGCGGAUUUCGAUCCUUACGACGAUCGGGCCUACAGCUGCUUCGGCGGCGGCCGAGGGUCUCGUGGUGGUGGCCUUGGUUCCCGCAAACAGAAAGAGCUGCCGACAGAACCCCCUUUCACAGCAUAUGUGGGAAACCUACCCUUCAACACUGUUCAAGGAGACAUAGAUGCCAUCUUCAAGGAUCUCAACAUAAGGAGCGUACGACUAGUCAGAGACAAGGAAACAGACAAAUUUAAAGGAUUUUGUUACGUAGAAUUCGAUGACGUGGAGUCACUUAAGGAAGCUCUUACGUAUGAUGGUGCACUUUUGGGUGACCGAUCACUCCGAGUGGACAUAGCAGAAGGCAGAAAACAGGAUAAAGGUGGCUUUGGCUUCAGAAAAGGUGGUGGACCUGAUGACAGAGGAAUGGGAGGAGGUUCCCGAGAAUCCAGAGGAGGUGGAUGGGAUUCCAGAGAUGACUUCAAUUCUGGAUACAAAGAUGAUGACUUCUUGGGAGGCCGGAGUAGAGGGACCCGCCCUGGAGACCGGCGACCACCAGGUGCUUCAAUGGGAAGUGGUGGCACUGGCCGCUUCAGAGAUGGGCCUCCCCUUCGUGGAUCUUCCAUGGACUUCAGAGAGCCAACAGAAGAGGAAAGAGCACAACGACCCCGACUUCAGCUCAAACCUCGAACAGUUGCUACUCCCCUCAAUCAAGUAGCCAACCCAAACUCUGCUAUCUUUGGUGGAGCCAAGCCCCGAGAGGAAGUAGUAAAAGAGCACGACUGAAUUGGGGGUUGAGAGGGAAUGGGGAGGCGGGAGAAAAAGCAAGACAGUACAGAGUAACUAGCUCUGCUGGAAUGUCAACCCUGCAGUUUACCAUUCCUGCCAUCUGGUAUUUGUCCUCUUUGAAACCGAAAACACAGAGCUUGUGAAUGCAUGUCAGCUGUUAACGAGUGGUUUUUUUGUACGUUCUCGGCUUUGCUGUAUCUAGUGCCUGCUUUGUGCUGAGUUUCCCUCUUCUGUUUCCUUCCGAGCAGCACAGUUGCCAGUAGAUAAGGCAGUGUAGCUGCUUCCACGAGUGUGGAGGUCUCUGGACGAAGGUGCUGCUUCACUUCUUCCUUUCUGGGUUUGUUUUACUUUAGAAGCACAGGUUAGACUUAGUUAUUUCCGUGUAUUUCUUUUUACUUCCUCAGUGCUCCUCUUCUGACCUGCAUGUCUUGUUCUGUAUUGCUGUGGCUCUGAGGAGGAAAACUGGAGAGUCCAGAUGAGUUGAACAGAGAAAUUUACAGUUCUAACCAAGUAGUAAAAUACCAUUUUUAUCAACUGGUGACAGUUACUGUAUACAGCAGAGCCCCUUAUAAAACUAAGGGAGAAGAGCUGCCCUUUCACACAGGUUACCAGGAAGUAUCAAUUUAGUCAAUGCCUUGGCUGAAAAAAACCCUGGUCAAUAGGUGGUGGAGUUAGUAUGGCUGCCAGCAGACUCUUGCUGGUGGCUGGCUGUUGGCUUCAAAACGGUAUGAUACUACACCUCUGCUCAAGGUUAGCACUGCAAGAAUGUGCCUGUUGGAGCACAACUGCUCACUGGCUCUUUCUGCUUACUUUCUUUUUUCUUUUUGGGGGGUUUUACAUGUUUGGUAAAUUUUUAAAUGAAGUUUCUACAAAUAAAAUGGACUUUUUUAUUUUGUUUAAGGAGUGUAUACUUUGCCAUGCAGUGUGUAACCCCCCAUCACCCCCUGUAUUUCUUUGCCCUGUGGUGUACAGUUUUAAGACCUCUGCUUUCAGAAUACCUUGAAAAUGGGCAGAUUAGAAAUUGUUCUGCUAUAGAUUCUCUUCACGUAGAAGCUUGGGUAAAAAGCAUCUCUUAAGUGCUGCACCUCUCUUCACUUGAAAUGUUUCUUGUGGGUAUUGUGUGGGAGGAGGGAGGUGAGGCUGGAGCAAAGGAGAGGGAUCAUUAAUGUUCCAAAACAAAACCUGGCUCUCUACACAUGAAAGUGUGCAUAUGGCCAAUGCAUGAGGGAAAACUUGGGCCCCUACUGCUAGUGCUGACAGCUUUUGGAUGAAGCAGCCAGCACUCUGGAGUGCUGUGAAGAGGAGCUUGGAACUGUGGCUGCUUUGCUACCAGCAUCACUGCUAGUAGUGAAUUUCUUCCCUAAAGCUACCUUUAAUGUCAGAGUCCCAGCAAUUUACAGAACUACUCUUUCCUUCCUUCUGCCUGUCACUUAAUCUGCUCCUGAGGUAAGAACCAUUUGUCUAACACUAAUAAUUUAAAACAGACAUGCAUUUGUGUGGUUGUAUUCCAAACCAAUAAUUGAUCUAUUUACAUCUUCAAUGUGGAAAGGAUUUUAAGAACAAAUUCCCAUAUAAAAACUCGCCUCUAGUCAAGACACUUGACUUUUAAAUGUAAAAACAAAGGAAAAGAAAAAAAAAAAGGAAAAGAAUUCCGAACACUUAACACAUUCUGCUUCAUAACAAAAUAAAUUUAUGGAUAUGGUAUUUUGUGAAUGAUCUUUUAAAUAAAAGAAAAACAUUAAGUAAUAUUUAA